UGAUUGGUCUAUCACAGAUUUCGUGGCUGAAACCCUACUUGUGAUUCGCCCAAAGUAGACACGAGCCGCCGCCCUCUCCCCCGACCCCCAUGAUGGGGACAGAGAGCGAGGUGUGAGGCUGGGUGAGGAACCCGGGAGCCAGGAUGGCUGGCAUGGUGUUGGGAGUGGGUGCCGGCGUGUUCCUCCUCGCUCUGAUCUGGGUGUUGGUGCUGCUGCUGUGUGUGCUGUUAUCCAGAGCCUCUGGGAUAGCUAGGUUCUCCAUCGUCUUCGUCGUCCUGGGUGCUCUGAUCAUUACUACAAUUCUGUUGCUUUUCCCUCGAGCCAGUGAAGUCCCAGCCCCAGAGGUCGAAAUGAAGAUUGUGGAUGCCUUUUUCAUCGGCCGCUAUGUCCUGCUGGCUUUCCUCAGUGUUGUCUUUCUUGGAGGCCUCUUUUUGCUUCUUACUCAUCAUGUGCUGGAGCCGAUCUAUGCCAAACCCCUGCGGUCCUGCUGAACAUCGUAAUGGAAACAUAGGACAUGUUGACGUCAUGGAUGACUCAAAGGCACUCUCUGGAGCCUUGACAACUUUCAUGUCUUCAGACCAGAGGAAUAACCAUUUGUCACUAAGACAAACCUCUCGAGCCCUGGCUUUUAGAAACCUGGUAGCGAAAUAGAUCGAUGGACGUAAAUUGUCAGCAUCUAAAGACAGAUACAACUGUCUUCUUGGAACCUGUUCUCAGGAUUUCUCUCUGUUUUGAAUGAAAAGUAGUAACAAUGAUCUGCUUGGGGUAAGUGUUUAGUCAAGCUGUCAAUAGUGGAGCUGGGGAGAAGGUGUUUGAGGUUCUAUUGUCCAAUAGAAGAAACUGGUCCUUUUUGAUAAUGUAUAAAUUGUAAGUUCUUCGUUGGGUAUUUGGAACCAUUUGGAAGAGAAAGGCAUUCAAACACAAAAGGUUGCUUUAACGGGAUAGUUUGGAAGCUGUAUUAGGCAGCAGUUACUGACCAUCCCUUAUGUGUAAUUCCACAGAGCUCUGUAAAGGCAGUGUGAGUGGCACUUGCCUGAGUCCUAAUAAAGCAAUAAACAACCA